AUGUCGGAGGAAACAAUUAUGUCUAUGAAUGAUCAAACAAUUAAAAUUGAACCACCAGAAUAUUCACCAGAAGACAUUAAACUCGAAAUGGGGGAUGAAUUUGAUGAUCUUGAUGUUAUUGUUAAAGCUGAAUCGUGUUUCGAAAAUGAUGAUACGUGUCUAGAAAGAUUCAUGAAUUCCGAGGUGAAAAUUGAAGAAGUCAAACAUGAGUUAGUUGAGUCAUCAACUUAUGAAUGUGAGGUUUGUAAUAGAACAUUUGCAGAAUCAGAUCAUUUAAAAGAGCAUAUGGCCGAUCAUAUUACUAUUCAUAGCAAAGAAAGUCCUUUCAAAUGCGAAAUCUGUUACAAGGCUUUUGAUCGAUUAAGUGUUCUGAAAAGGCACAUGCUCAUUCACAGUGGCAGUCUGAAGAGUCACAUGUUGUUACACAGUGGAACACGUCCUUAUGAAUGCAAUACAUGCAAAAAGUCAUUCACAAAAUCAAAUAAUCUGAAGCAUCACAUGCUGAUGCAUAGUGGAGUACGUCCUUAUGAAUGCAAUAUAUGCAAUAAUACAUUCACACUUUUACGUGAUCUAAAAUGCCACAUGCGCAUUCACAGUGGUGAGCGCCCUUAUGAAUGCAAUAUAUGCAACAAGACAUUCACGCAAUCAAGUAAUCUGAAAAAUCACAUGCUGAUACACAGCAGUGAGCGUCCCCAUGAAUGCCAUGUAUGCAAAAAGACAUUCACAGAAAGAGGUAAUCUGAAACGGCACAUGCUGAUACACAGUGGAGGUGCUCUGAAAAGGCAUAUGCAGAUUCAUAAACGAGAGCAUCCUGAUAAAUGUGAAGUAUGUAAUAAGGAAUUUACUCAAUCGGACGAUUUGAAGAGACAUAUGGUACUCCACAGUCAGAAGCAUGGUGAAGAUCAAUGA